GAUAUAAAGAGAUAAAGCAAAGCUCCUUUGAUUGUGCCGAGAAAGUAGAACAAUGCCUCAGUUAGAUUCAUAAAGUAAUCUCAACCCCCAUGCCUCUUCCUCUCCAAGUUGAUUCUCAAUUCUCCAUCCCACCAAACACUAAAUCACUCGAUAUAAUUCAUAAGAAAAACUUCACAGCAUCAUCAUCAUCACCCCAUAUUUAUCACAACAAAAUGGGUCUCUCCAACAAAGGCGACAGUAUCGCUGUAUUCACCCUCGUAACAUUCUUCUUCGUUUUUCUCUCCAUCUUCCUGAUCUAUGUUCCCCGCUACAUCUUUCUCAAGAUCAAAAACCACAAAAAAACACCCAGUCAAACAGAAAUGAAAACUUGGUUUCAAAGAGGAGUUGAAGUUACAGCGUCGAUAGGAAGACGGAAUAUAGUGGAGAGAAAUGCUAGAACUGCUCGAUUUGAAGAUAUAGAGAUGGGAGAUAUAUCUGGAGUCACGAGUGCGAAUAUAAGAAGGGGCACCGUGGUUGUGGCAUUGCCGGAACAAGCCAGAGUUUCUGGUGAGAGAUUACCGAAUGUAAUAUAGAUGCUGGCAUUUAUAUUGAUUGGUGAGUUUGAGAAGUAUGGUGUAAGGUAUCCUAUGAUGCUGGACAUUGUGUUGUACUGGCAGGUAAGGAUAUAAUUUCAUAACUCUUUUUUUCUUAAAAUUUAAUCUUUCCGUGUAUGAAUAAUCGGAUGAUAAUGACACCAAUGAAGUGAUAUCUUGCUGAAGUUCCAAGGGUUCUGUAAAAAUGUUGAGGACUAUGAAAAGGCUAUCGACUCUUGCAUAAAUACGGUGCUCCAAGCCCUAGUAUUUGUACCGCUUCCAAGAAGACAACUGAGGGACUGCGGAAACUACAACAAGAAAGUGAGAUUAACCUGCAGUCAGAAAAAGUUGGGGACGUGGAGCAUGAGGAGGAGGAAAUGGAUGAAUUACAAGGCGUCCCGAUCGAAUUGGAGAUGAGUAAAGAGUGGGCGGGGAGUAAUUGGUGUGUUUUUCACGAACAACGAGGUAGAUCAACGAUGAAAAGAUGGCGAUGUUGGUGAACAAGAAUUAAGUGACUGAACGUGAAAGGAAGGUGGUGAUGAUAUAACAAUGCGACAGCAAUAUAAUGAACA